AUGGAGCUAAAAUUGUAAGUUUUAGAUGAUUCCUCUGCCUUUUGCACUCUUUAAUGUAUCUUUGACGCUAUCCAGAGCUUGAUCCACAUAUUUAAUAAUCUGCUAAGGAUUCGAAAAUUCGCCAAAAAGUUCCCUUGAAACCUUGAUUUUCUGAUGACUUUUCCAAAAUAUUUUAAUUAAUUCAAUUUUUUUUUUCAAAUUAACACUUUUAUGAAUUUUACAAUAAGCUCAUGCACAUCCAGCUACCCGGAAAUCCCAUUCCAAUCUUUCGUCGAAGCUCUCGCGCGCUUUUUAACAGCAUGUCAAGUGACCUUUAGCAUACGUACAAAACGGAAUUUUCGAAAAGCUCUUGACGUUUUGAAGAAAAUUAAACUUGAUGAACUUUUCUUCUUUCAAUUUUUGCGUUUAUUUUGAUUUACCACAAAACAGUUACUUUUGUAAUCAAUUAAAAUCCCUUAGGCUACAAGCCAUAGCAGAUUCAAGACUAUUUUUUGAUUUCUCUGCCACUUUUGUGGUUCUCUGGAAGGGGGUAAAUGGGGUGGACUAAUUCUUAUUUGUUCAAUUCAUUGCGCAUCUCCGUUCGCUUCGACCUUGCUCUAUAUUUCAAUAAUUGAGAAGAAGAGCUUCUUAUUCAUCCGGUCUUUGCAAACUGUUUGAGAAAAAAGUCCUCGGAUAACACGCUAAGAAAUCGCGAUACUAAACAGGCGAGAUGAACAGUCAGAUUUUGAUAGAACUUGGACAUAUUUCAAGCCUACAAAAUGGGACUUUUUCAAACGCUUUGGGAAAUCUAGACGCUUCACGCCAAGAACGUUUCUUGUAGAUCAAUUCUAAGCCUUGAAUUCAACGAUGACAUAAAGAAAAGUAAUCGAAAUCUUUCAGGAACCUAAUUCUUUGGACGACUCUGCUUUCAACAUUUGAACUGGCAACGUCCUCAAUCUUCGCUUAUUCAGAUGCCAUUCCGGUGAUUCUAAACCCAAUAAAUGCAGAGCAAAUCGCAUUCAUGCAUCCUAAAAUGCUACCGGUAUGUUUUAACUGCUGUAAAUUUGCUUUUUAAACGAAAAGUUUAAAUUUUUCUAAGUCUUGUAGAUGAUCUUAGAAUAUAUAAAGAAAGGUAAUUGCAACGGGGCCUCCGGGUUUUGCAGCUUGUCUGUGGGCCAUACCUGGAUAUCCGGGGUAAUUUUAAACGUUACAAUUACAGUUUUUUUAGAUUUCUAUGACCAUAAAUUUUGCCUCUUCUUUGACUUUUUUAUGUUUUUUCAUCAAAACGCAAUUUCCCUUAAUUUACCGUAUUUUUGUCAAACCCUUCGUAUCCCAUACCUCAUCCUACUCAUCCCUCAUCCCCCAAUUUCCCUUCAAAGAUCUUUCGGAUUUGCGCGAUGACGCAACGCUUUAAUUACCUUAUCCCUCAUUGGUUACUCUUCCUUCCCCUUCCGUGUUUUUGCAGCAACACCUUGACCACUUUUAUAUCCUAAUUAAAAUAACGAGUUUCGUCCCUCGGGCGGUGUUUUUACCCUGUUUUUGGGGAGUCCUUAGCUAACCUUGACCCGCUGUGGUUGCGAAUCCGAUAUCAGCGGCUGAUCCUGUGAAUGUCAGUCGAGGAUGGGGAAUGUGGAAAGGGGUGAGGGAUAAGGAAGAGGAGGACAAUUUAUGAGUGUUUUCAUAGUUUCAAAAUGAAAAAUGAAAGAAUUUUGAAAGUGGAACCUGGAGGAUGUUGAGGAUGUUAUGAUAGUAAAUUUCGUGGAAAAAACAUGAAAAAGCCCUCGUCGAUAAGAAAUUGCUGUGGAAUUUUUACAGUGCUCCAGUCGGAAAAACAGUCAAGUGGUAGAUCACACAAUUCUGAAUUUGGUUUCAAAAAGUCUCAAAUCAUCAACAAACAAAAAAUUUUUGCUGAUUUUGAAAACAGAAGGUAUCGAAAUUUCGUCGUGACAAUGAGGCUUAAAAAGAAUUAGUAAUCUUUGCAUGGCCAUGAAAAAAAUACUCUGAGAAUAUAAUACAUACAUACAUAUUAUACACUAUGCAUAUAAAAAUGAUCUUAAUUUUGCUAUUUUUUUAGCUUCAACACUCCCGAUCAACAGAUUCCCCAUCUACAGCACAAAACAACCCGACCAAUCCUUCAACAAAAACUCCAAAGCAACGCCGGUCAUUAGCCGCGUCAUCCGUUGAAGGCUCAUCGUCUCGACGAAGCAAGCAUCUGAUGUUGACAAAACCUUUUUGGCCUUGGCCUUAA